AUGCAGGCUGACGAACCAGCAUCUCUUGAGGAAGCACUUUCUCUCCUCUCCCAACUCAGGAGGGAGCGUGCUGAGGAGCGCGAACGGGUGGAAAGGGAACGUGCCGAGGAGCGUAAGCGGGUGGAAAGGGAGCGUGCCGAGGAGCGCAAGCAGGUGGAAAGGGAGCGUGCACUUCACGCUUUAGAACAGGAACAGCUCCGCCAAGAUGUGCUCGCCGUCAAGCAAGCGUUUCUCGCGAGACAACGAGAAUUCGAGCAGAAGGAUCAGGAGCGGGAACAAGAGGACCGGAAGCAAACCCUCGAGGAAUACCUCGCCCAGACGUCCAACUCGGCCCUGAACCUCCCCCGCCUCCUCCCUUCAAAACCUUCGCAAUCGCUCGACUCGAAGACGAAACGGGCUACUACCGGACGGACGAACAUCCACGGAAAAUACUAUCCUCUCCGACUCUGCCAUUGGUCUGACUUUCUGGAGCUCCACCAGCAAAACUUCUCUCGUCUACGAGAUGUUCUCUCGCAGCAGCGGUUACUUCCGUCGCUCAGAGAAGUAUCCCUCUUUGAAACCCGCACUCGCGAGAAGUUGUCCCAACAAUUCCGCGAGUCGAAUGCCUUUUUCAACGAGAAGAGAACGUCUUUAUUCCUGGACGAGACCCUACAAAUCCCCGCUGGCAAGAUUGUCAACGCGUAUCUCAACACCACGAGCGACCCUCGAACAAUCUUUUUCGACGAUCGUGCUGCUGGGUACAACGCGUCCGAUUCUUCUGAAAACAACUCUCAGUCUGCCGUAAACCGCAUGACGCAACCGGAUUGUGUUGUCCUAGCAGCCGCUGCCCAACAAUCACCGGAGAACGCCUUAGAUGGACAGGGCCAAGGAGAGGACAAUGAUGCACUCCCCGGUAUGCUUGUGUCUCGCGUCACCAUAGGAGAGCACAAGCCAACCCAUAAGCUACGGCAGGCCGACGUUUCUAAGAUUCUCUCAUCUCUACCAGAAGAUUACAUCCACCAGCUCGCGCAACGGCGACAAAAUGCGGCUCCAGAUCCCUCCAUCGAGGCGCCGGUCAGCGUAGAGGAUCUCUCCAUAGGAUCUUCUACCCCACCUACCACUAGCUCAGCCAAGUCAAUCCGAAACCAAGUCUACUUAGCUUACGCGUUAGCCCAAACGUACCACUACAUGAUAGUGUCAGGCUUGGAGUUUGGCUAUCUAGCUUCGGGCGAAAUUCUCAUCUUGCUCCGCAUCCCUCAGGAGGAUUGUUCAACCCUGCUCUACCACGCUACCCUUCUCCCCGAAUAUGCCCAGGGCGAGUCGCAAGGGAGCAUGGAUGCCAACACGGCAAACGAGGACGCGCUCCGCGGGCUUGCUGUAUCCAAGCUCUGCAGCUUGUGUGUUCUCGCGCUCAGCGAUCAGGAUACCCCACGCUCCGUGCGCUGGAGGACGACGGCGGUCGCAACCCUGCCGAUAUUUCCAAGGCCUCGGGCUUCGGGUAACGCGACGCCGUCUGAGACUUCGCGGCAGCGGUCGACCUCCACCUCAUCGCGAUCGUCUCACCAGGAUCCCGGCAGUUCCUUAGGCAGACGGCGUAGGGACGAUGACGAUGAAGGUGACGACCGCGGACGCAAUACGCGGUCCCGCUUGCCUCCCCUGGCCCACGCAUCGCGAAUGUCAUCCCCGUUGAAACACUCCGAGGUCUCUACUCCGCAUGAGCCACGUGAGACGGGCGGCGGGUCGAAGAAAUCCAUGCAGCCUGAUUUUCGACCCUACGAUACCAAGUCCCUUCUACCAAUACGCCCAUACUGCACGCAGGCCUGUCUUCACGGGCUGGCCUUCGGGGAAGAGCUCGACUACAAUUGCCCCAACAUCCUACUGCAUGAGCACGCGGCUUGCCAGCUGCACAAUCAGCCGUCAAACUUACACCCGAUAACCCGGGAGGUGCUCUCAGAACUCGUCAGGUUGCAAUUGGAACGAGAUCCGGAGCUGGACUGCGAAUGCUACGUCGACUGCGGUCUCUCUGGGGCCAUCGGGUAUCUAUUCAAGAUCACCUUGACUUGUUACGGAUACACAUUCGUGGCCAAAGGCGUGCAGUCGUUCCACAGCCACAAGCUAGCUCGGGAGACGGCCAUCUACGAGAGACUAGCCGAUGUCCAGGGCUCGCUGAUACCGGUACAUCUAGGCCUCAUAGAGCUCAUCGUGCCAUAUCCGAUGGUUAACUUCUGUCUUGUUACCCACAUGAUGCUGAUGUCGUACGCCGGCCUGCCGCUCUACUCCACCAAACUCCACAAGCGCUCUAAACGCCUGGGGUGGGACAUAGACUGGGAUCGGGAGGCUGAUCGCACGUUACGAGAACUUGAGGGCCAUGGGCUUGAGGAUGACGAUGACAACGAAUCCAACUUAGCUUGGGACGAAAAUGUACGGAGAGUCAUCAAGAUAGACUUUGACCAAGCUCGCGUACCCCUAACGAAACGGUCCUUCGGUUCAGAUAGGUGCGUUAACGGAGACGACAUCUACCUGCGACCUAGAAAGCGGCCUCGCCGCAGGGAGGGCGCAGUUUCUGUCGAGGGGCUUCUCUUAAGCUGA